AUGUCGCCAAUAUCGGGUGUCUAUGAUAAUUUGGCGACUAGUGUUCAUCAACAACCAAAACAAAUGAUAAGAAGUGCUUCGAAUAAGUUGUCUGUAUCGAAUUUAACAUCUAACAAUGAAAAUUUAAAUAUGUUCAUAAAACGAAAAUCUAUUCCAUUUGACGAACAAGAGCAAUCAAAACGUCGCUAUACAGUCACAAAUAGAUUUAUUCCAGAAACUAUUAUACGCUGUUCAGUAAGUAAUCAAGCAUAUGAAAAACCCAUGAUAGGGAAAUUUUUAACAAAUGAAAACAUUUCUAAACAAAAACAACAAACAAAUCCAAAAUCUUAUCGGAUACCAAUAUCAUCAUCAAAUAUGGAGAUAAAGUCAAUGGAUUUUCGUCCAUUAAUUGUUAAUGGACGUCGAAAAUUAAAUGGAAUCCCACUGCAGCCAUCAUCAUCAUCAUCAUCAUCAUCAAUGAUUAUUAUUAAGAAGAAGUCUCCAUCGCCUAUCAAUAGUACCUCAUUCAAUCAUAAACCAUUGACUCGGUCGAUUCCAGUAGAUAUUAUAAAUAGCGAUAUGGCAAUCGUUAUUAGUUCUGCGAUACCAUCAUCUUUAUCCUAUUCUUCUUCAUAUUCUUCUCCGUCGUCAGCUUCAGCGUCAUCAACAAAUGCCGGAACCGUUUUCUUACCAAUCCAAAUAACAAAAAGCCAAAACAACAAUAAGAACUGUAGUCAAAACAACAGUAGCAAUAUUAUACAUAGUACCAUUACUACUAAUACUACUACUACAAAUGAAGGUCAAAAGGGUUAUCGUUAUGUUCAAAAACAACCCGAACUACAAAACUCAUUUGCAUGCUUAAAAACAGGAAAUAGAAUUUAUUUGAAUGUUGAUGCUGAUGAAUCAACAAGAAUUCCUUCUUCGUCCAUUGUUGCUGGAGAAGGUAAUAAUUAUAAAUCAAUUAUAACGAUGGAUUCAACUGUUCUUCGUUUAAUUCGUCGUUAUGAUCCAGUAGGUUCAAAUACUACUGGUAUUAAAGCACGUCGUACACUUGAAAGUACACGAGGCCUAUGGAAUACAUUUGCUUCAAAAAUAGAACCACCUCAACCACCCGCUUCUUCUCCAUUCUUAUCACGUCGAUCACUAACUACAUCAUAUGAAGAUGAAAUACCUGCAAAACAACCGUCUACACCACGCCUUCAACGUCAACAAGCAAUACAAGAAACGCAUGAGCCAGAAUCGCUUCCAUCAUCAUUGGCAAAUAACCCAAUAAGACCUAUACUUAAAUAUAGUUCAUCGAGAUCACGUUCUGAAUUUAUUGUUCAACCUCAUCAAAUUGAACCAUUAACUAUUGAUAUUGAAGCACAUGAUCCAUCGGGAAAUGAAAAUACAUCUACUUAUCAAUCAUUAAUUACAAUAGGAACAAAACGUGCAUGUUCUGCAUUGAGUAAAUCUGAAUGGGAUUUACGUUUACAACAAGAACAAUUUCCUAUUCAAUCACCUACACCAUCUUCGGUAGUUAGUAAUGUACAACAAGAACAAGAAUUUCAUCAACCAACGCUUAGCCGAAGUAAAAGUUCAACAGGUAUUAAUAAUCAUAAUAAUAAUAACGAUCAUGAUGAUGAUAUUGAUGAAUUCGAUGAAAAUUCAGCACCGAUUAUUAAUCAUGGUUCAUGUGUACAAAAAUUAACACAAUUAUUUGCUACAAAAUCAUCACUUAAUUUAACUAAUACACCUAUAAGUAAUCAACAUCGAAAAGACUCAAUAGAUUCAAAUUUUAAUCGACAUCUAAAUCUUAAUAAUAAAACUAAUAUAUCAUCGUCUUCAUCUGUUAAAUUAUCUCCUCAAUUCAAUCCAAAUGAAUCUCAACAACAAAUAAUCCAUAAACCAACAACUAUUGCCCAAGAUGUUACAACAACGAUACCGUUCAUUAGUGCAACAUCGUUGAUUAAUAGUCAAAAAACAAUUGAUAGUCCCAAAUCGGUUAGUCAUCCAAACAAUAGUGAUUUAAUGCCAUCAUCAGAACUUUCAUACGAUGCCUAUCGGUUUCGCCGUUUGAAUGAUCAAGAUUCGACAGUAGUUCGUCCAAGAAAUGUAGCUAAAGUUGAACCUUAUUCAAUAAAUACAAACACAGUUCGGUCACAAUUUCAAUCAACACCGUCAACUUUUCAAUCACCCUCAAUAUCAACGACAAACAUGACAACACCAGUCGUACCAACAAAACCACGUACGAAUCUUGAUAGUAUGGGAAAUACACCAACUAAUUCCUCAACAUCCUCAUCGAUUGGUUCUCUUGGUGGCAUAAUUCGUCAUCCAAAUAUACUUCAUUCAGAUUUUCUAACACCUAAUCCUAUAUAUCCAACGUCUACUUCUCAACCUCUAUCGAAUAAUUCUUUAUAUACAAAACCUUCAAUAUUAUCAGCCGAACCACUCUCACAGGAUUCAUUGCAACAAUUACCAACCGCUAAUAGUCCACCAUACAACGAACGCACUAUCGGCUUGACUUCAGCACCGAAUACUUUUCAACAGCAAUAUCCAUCAUCGAUAAAGGGAGAUUUUUAUUCUAGCAUGCAAAAUUUUUCACCUUCACUCAAUAAGAAUGAUUAUAGUUCACCCAAUUCAUAUUACUAUCGGCCUUCACUAACAACAGUAAAAAAUAAUAAUAAUAAUCAACACCAGCAGCAGCAACUGGAAAAACCAAAACGUUUAACUAUUGUUGACCAACAACAACAGCAACAACAAGAUGAAUUCAUUAAUAGUGGACAACAACAAUCUCGUCGGCGUUUUCAAAAACGUAAACAAAUGAAACGUUCAAAAAGUGUUGACUUAUAUCAAAUGUCAUCAUCAUUUAUGUCUCCAAUGCCUAGCAAUGAAUUAAAUAAUGUAUAUCGUCAACAAAAAUCAACAAGUCGUGAAUAUUUAGGCGAAAAAGAAAAUUUAUCAGCUUCAUCAUCAUCUUCGUCUUCAACGUCAAUAGGAGAUAUUGAACGUGUUAAUCGAGCUGCUCUACUUCGAUAUAAAUCUCUUGAUUCAAUGACAUUCAAUAAUCGAAAAUCAAAUGCCAAUGCAAAAAAUCACAGUAUCAUGAAUAAUAAUAAUAAUAAUAAUAAUAAUCGAAGAAUGUUGUCCAAACUAACAGAAUUUGAUUUUGACAGUGAUGAUUCUGUGUGUGGAAUACCAAAAUCCCGAAAGCUCUGUGCAAGUUCAAAAAACAUAGCAAGAUCGGAUGGAAAAUUGCUUGAUUCUUCAUUGCCCGUAAGAGAUCAACGUCAUAAUGUACGAGCAAUAUCUACAACUACUAUUGGUAAUGAUGGUACAAGUAUGGGUAUUACUAAUUCUGUUCGUAAGCAUGAAACUCCUAACGCUCAAACAUUUUCAAUGGUGGAAUCAACUCCUUCUACAACAAAACCAAAGUCUACAACAACAAAUGAACAACGAGAAGGAGCCGAUAUUGUUCAACCACAACAACAAUCAGGCAUAUCAUUUGCUGAAUCGCAAUUUUAUGCACGAACUUCUGAUUCACCGUAUUCAAAACGACAUCAUUUUAAUGAUGAAAAAGUUACCGAAGUUUAUUCAUCACCACAAGUUGAUGAUUCAUGUCAGGAUGUUAUGAAUGAUCUUGAUAUAAAUAAAGAUCAAUGGAUGAAUGAAGAAGUUAUUUCAACCGAUUCAAAUGAAGAAGAAAAAUUCGUACACAAUCAUGAAUUAUUCAUUGAUGAACCAGAAUCAGUUAUUGUUAAAGCUUCAUCACCUAUCGGAACAGUUCGACCAUUAUCAAGUACCAUUAUUAUUAAUCCAUUCGAACGUCUUCGUCCGAUGGAUUUCCAAAAUAAACAACGUCCAUCAGAAGAAUUGUCAUUACAAAUAUUUGAUCAGCCUUCGUUAUUUCCAACACCAGAUGAUUUACAUCGUGAAAAUUCAUUGAAGUCCAUGAACUUAAUUCGACCGCUUCGAUCAUCUAUUGAACAAAUGCUAGAUCAAUUAAAUGAAAAUAAUGAUUCAUCAACAUCAACAACUACUAAUCGUUCAGUACAUUUGCCUGUUGAGAAACAACGUGGUCUUUCUGAAAUCAUACGAAAACGUAAUAGCCGAUAUAAAGUUGAAGAUUAUAAACGUUCAAUUCAAAAGCCUACUACAUCUGAUGACCAGCAAUAUAAUCGUACAAUGCCGACAUCUAAAAGUGAUCAUGAAUUAAUGACAUUAUCAAAUAAUACAAUAUCAUCGUCAUUAGAUGGAAAUUCUACAAAUCUUCAUAAAACACAUUCAGUCGACUUGCCAAUGGAUAUUCAAAUGAGUAAUGAUGAACGAGUUAAAAUGUCUAUUGAAAGAUUAAAUUUAUUAUUAUCGAAAAGUGAACAAGUGGAACAAGAUACAAAUGCAAAUGAUAUUGAUGAAAAUAUGAGUGUUGCUGAUAAAAGAAAUUUGUUUGAGACAAUUUUAAAGGAUACACAAUUUGGAGGUACUUUACCACGUGCAAAACCUUUAAAAUAUGACGAUUCUUCAUUUGAAUUGCCGGUAACAAAAAAAUAUGCUAAUCAAAAUCAACGUUCGCAAACAGACAAUAUUCUUCUUAUGCAUCAUAAUAAUGAAAGUUCAUCAGAUAAGAAAACUGACAAUGAGGCAGCGUUCGACGAUGAAAUUUCUAAACUAUCAUUCAAAGAAAAAAUGACUUUAUUUAAUAAAAAGAAACCAGCUGGACUAACACCAACAUCAUCAUUGAAAAAGAAUCGAAAUCGACUUACUCAGCCAAUCACUGCCGAAGAAGUUCAAGCCGCAGCUAAUUUAACACCAUCGUCAAGUUCACAACAAUUAGAGUCAAAAUAUCCUGAUGAAGCAAUUAUGUCGAAUCCGGAAGAAUCAGAAAAUAUAAUACCGGUGAGAAAAAGACUUGAACAAUUAAAAGCAUUGAAUGAAAUGGCAUCGAACCAAUGUACGAAAUUACCAUUAGAAAAUUCAUUAGACAAACUACUACCAUUAACAGACGAACAAAAACAAAGUUCAACUAGUACACGUAAAACUCCAACCUUAAAAUAUAAUACAAAAACGGCAAAUACAGAUCAAAAACAACAUGCCAAAACAGUCGAUAUUGUUCGUCUUAAAACUGAUUCAACUGUUACAACAAAGGAUACUAAUGAAAUAAAUUCACAAGCGAAUAAAACCAGUAGUACAACAUUAUCGAAAUCUAACAACAAUAUAAUUUCCGUAUUAAAAUCCGAUACAAUAUGUGUAUUAAGACCAGAUGAUCAUCUCGAUGAUUUCUUUGCAGAUACAAGUAAAAACUUAAAUGAUGAACCAUCUGUUCCAUUGAAUACUGAUGAUCUUAAUCGAAUAGCUCAAAAUACUGUUAGAUUGCAACCACAAGGAGCUCGUGCUCGGCCUCCACGUCGUCAACAGCAGGGAGCAAAAAAUCCCCUGCGACAAAUUCAAGCAACAAUACCAACAGAAAAUGAAUAUACAGAAAUACAUACUAAUAUUUCUGAGCAAGAAGUACGCCGAUUAAAACGAGCACAAAUUGCUGAAACUGCUGGUGUUGCUCAAGAAGCUUUAGCAAAUUUAACUGCAGGAGAAAAUUUUGCUGAAAUAAAUUUACGUCGAAUAGAUCAGCCACCGAUAACAAAAUCUGGUUUUGAGCCAUACAAGGAAUUAAUGCUUAUUUUAAUAAAAGGACGUCGUCAAUGCGUCUUGCGUCUUGUUAAUCCAGCAUAUGAAUCGAUUAAUGAAGGUGAUUGUUAUUUAUUAGUGACACCGCUAAAAGUUUUUGCAUGGUUUGGUCGUUAUGCAAAUGUAGUUGAAAAAGCUAAAGCAGUUGAUCUAAUUGAUUAUUUAAAGCAACAUCGUGAUUUUGGUUUACGUAACGAAGUAAAAUAUUUUGUUUUGGAUCAAGCUAAAGAUGAUACAGAAAAUGAUAGUCAUGCAGAAUUUCGUGAUAUUCUACAAGGUGAAAUCGACGAUUAUAAGCUAAUAGAUUAUGUAACCGAUGAUGAUUUCUAUGAAACGAAUGUAACAGAAUUGAAUCGUGUUUAUCGUGUUGAAAAUGAAUCACUUAUACCAUUACAUGAUCUAUGUUUUCGUGCAUUAUCAAUUAAAAUGCUUGAUUCAAACGAUGUGUUUGUUUUCGAUUUUGGUUCGGAAUUGUAUGUUUGGAAUGGUAAACUUGCCGAUAAAACGAAGCGAAAUAUGGGCUUACAAUUAGCACAACAACUUUGGAACGAUUCAUAUGAUUACAGUGAAUGUAUUAUUAAUCCAUUUGAUCCUAUAGAUGAUAAAAAUGACCAAACUAGUCAAUCAGGUAUCAAACGACCAACAUGGUGUUUAUUUGGAAAACAAAAUCAAAAUGUUGAAACUCUAUUAUUUAAAGGAAAAUUUCAUGAUUGGCCAAGUGACUUUCAAGAAAUCAAAUCAAUCAAUGACACAGUAACUAACGUCAAUAAACUAUUGUCUACACAACGACCACCAUCAAUUGUUGAAACACUUAAACCAGCUGAUGUAUAUAAUAUGCUUUCUACACAAGAAAGUCCAGUGAAUAUAAUCCUUGAACAAGUUAAUUUAGGUCGAGGACAAUAUUGGUACGAUCCGAUUGAAAUGCGCGGCCAUCAGAUUCAAACCAUGGAUCUGAAUGUUUGGCAUGUUAGCGAUAAUGAACGACAUGAAUUAUCUCAAUCAAGUUAUGGACAAUUUUAUUCUGAAGAUGUUUAUAUUGUUCGAUGGAAAUACAAACUAAUUCAAAUUGGAAAUGGUUCAGCAUUAGAACGAAAGCCAGAUAUAGGUCGUGAUCGAGUUGCUUUUUGGAUAUGGCAAGGUAUUAAUGCUAGUCCAAAUGAAAAAGGUCUUUCAGCGUUGAUGACAAUACUUUUCAACGAAGACAAAGGACCUCAUAUUCAUGUUAUUCAAGAACAUGAAGAAGCCGCAUUUUUACAAUUAUUUGAUGGUGCAUUAACUAUUCAUUUGGGUAAACGUAAUCAAAUGAUACAGAAAAAUUCAUAUUGGCGUCUAUACAUUUUUCUUGGUGAAAUUGAUACUGAAACACAUUGGUGGGAGUUAAAUGUAAAUAGUGCUAAUUUCCGUAGUAGAACAUCGUUUUUAUUAAUUAAUAAUCAUGAAAAUUUGAUGUUACUUUGGCAUGGUUCUGCAACAACUGAUGAACAACAAAUGUUAGCUAGUAAAUCAGCAAUGAAAUUGCGUGAAAGAUGUCCCGAAGAAUUUCAUUUCGACGGCGAAUAUGAAGAUAUUGAGUUCUUUGAAAUGCAAGAAGGCGAUGAAAUCGAAUUAUUUUGGGAUGGCAUUAACGAACCAAAUCAUGAACGAAAAUAUCAUUCAUUAUUAAAAGUUCGACCUAUUCCAAGACUUUCAUCAACUAUGCGUAUAUUUCAUUUAUCAAGUCUUCAUGGUCCAUUUGUUGCUCAAGAACUUCUUUAUCCUCUUCGUUCUCCUGAUCAUAUCUCGCCAUUUCCAUUUACACAAGCUGAUCUAUACGAACUUCAUCAGCCAGCUCUCUGUUUGAUUGAUGCUGGCACUGAAUUAUAUAUUUGGCAAGGAUGGGUUGAUCAAUCUGAUGAUGAACUUGGCUUACAACUUUUCAAUGCAAAUUUAUUGGCACAUGGCCCAAGAGAUAUUCGUUUUACAACUGAACGUCGUUGUGCUCUGCGUACAGCUGUUGAUUAUUACAAAACCAAAACUGGUUCAUCCAAUGUUGACAUACCAUGUUUGAUUGUUUAUGCUGGUUUAGAGCCAAUUGAAUUUAUUAAUCUAUUCCCUAAAUGGACUGUAAAUGUUAAAGCUCGACAACAAAAUCAAUUGGAAGGUAGAAAGUUAAAUCAAAGAGAUUCAGUUAUUGAUGUACUCAAUCAGCUAUGUCGCGAGCGAUAUAGUAUUGAAGAACUUCAAAGUCGCCCAUUGCCAGAAGGUGUUGAUCCAUCAAAAAUUGAAUCGUAUCUUUCCAAUGAAGAUUUUCAAAAGGAAUUUCGUAUGACUAAAGAUGACUUUUAUGCUUUACCGUAUUGGAAACAAACCAAUAUUAAAAAGCCACUUGGAUUUUUCUAA